AUGUAUUCCACUGAUAUCAACAUCGAGUUGGGAAACUACAUUCAGUUUCCGCGCCUUGUACUACUCCGAGAGCCUGAGAAAUCUCAGUCAACAGAAUGUGCUAUAUGCCAGGACUGUUGCCAUUACCGUCCGGAAAAGAACGACAAGGCUGAUUCCAUGGCCAUCUUACCUUGCGGGCAUGUAUUUUGCAAGGGUUGCAUUGAAAAGGCUCUCGAAAGUAAACUAACGUGUCCAACCUGUCGCAUGCGCCUUGAAUAUAGCUCCUGCACGCACAGCAUCAAGCCACGGGUCUUGCACGAAGAGUCGGUCUUGAUGCUACCGGAUACGGUAAAAUGUUCAGAUCAGCUUCCUGAAUGCUGUCCCUCGUGCCGUAGAGCGGCAGCGGUGAAGCAUGCGUCCAAGCUGUUCAGCGUAUAUCACACCGAGAUUGAUGCGGCCAACCGAGCAUUCCAGGAGUCCAAGUCCGAAGACGAUCGAGAGAAGCUCAGUGCAGCUGAUAAGAAGGCGCAUAGAAUAAUUUUGUCAUCGUUCAACCUGCGAGCACAGUUUGACUGCUUGAUCCCGAAUCUUAAGACCCCUGGACACCGACACGGGUCUAAAUGGCACUACGAUUAUCAGAGGCUUCGCAGCUUGGCAAUGACACUAUCGUCAAGAAUCGACGCUCUGAUCUCCAGCUUUCAGCUCGCAGCACAGUGCCUCAAAGAUGGGAACCAGUCAGAGUUUGACCGCCAGCACAGGGCUCAGUUUGAAGACGGCAGCCCGGCGGGCUUCUCUCACCAGCUGAGCGACAUGAGCAAGCGGCUGGCCCUGGGCGAGCUGCGCGCCAACAUAUUGCGCGAGCCCGACAUGGCGCGGUGGUACGGCGACGCCAUCGUCAUAUCCAGGGCUCUGGGGCUGUGGCAGGCCGCCGUCCGUGACCGUGCGGGCCUGCCCAGGAGUGACGAGUACGGCACCAUGGCCCAGAUCGCGGAAAAGCUUGACAAGGUGUACAGGGUUGGGGACCUGGAGAAGAUCAAGAGGCGCAUCGAGAUCCUCGCGCAACGGGCGCUGACCCAGAAUGGGGCGGGUAAUAAGCCGUCUCGCGGGGCUAAGAGACCUGCUGAGCAGCUAACGGACGAUGGCAAGGGAAAAGAUGACGGGAACCUUCCACCGGCGAGGUUUAGAAGGACAGAUGGUGGACGUAUAGCCAUCACAAGCACCCGUCACAGAGCUUCUUCUGGUGCUUCUGACACGGUUCCGCUGCCAGGCCAGCAGGAUACGGACAUGGCUGGUGUCACAGUACACGAUGAUGAGGGUCACUGGGAGGGGGAGGGGGAGAAUUAUGAAGGCAAGCAGGCACCAAAGAUCUUGAGCCGAGCUUGCAUCGAGCGUCCUUUCCCCUUCGUCAUCAACAACUCGGCUGGGUUCCAGAAUGCCUGGAAGACCGUCCAGCUUUGGGAGAAACGGUUAAAGGGUCCCAGACGACGCGCCGAUCAUGACAGAGACCUCAAAUUCAUGAAUGUUCUGGUCAAAGAACUUUAUGGAUACGCGCUGGACACCAGAGCAGAGUUCAAGAUGAUGAAGGUCCUCAAGGCCAGGAACUUGCGGUAUCUUCAGUUUUGCGAAGCACCCGAGCCUGAAAUACAAAACGCCGAUGCUGAACUGAAGAGAAUGGACAAGCAGUACGACCGCGAUGACCUGGGGUUUGAUAACGCCUCGGAGCGAAACGCUUGCUGUCGUUGUCUGACACGUCUCUAUGCUGAAGCUGGAGGGUAUGACAUGGAAUAG